GGCCCGAUCAUCCUCCGGCCAUGUCUCUCCGCACCCUUCCCCUGCUCUUCAUCAACCUCGGGGGAGAGAUGCUGUACAUCCUAGAUCAACGCCUAAGAGCCCAGAAUAUCCCUCCUGACAAAGCCAAGAAAGAUGAAUGGACAGAUCAGGAAAGAAAACGAGUUAUGAAUGAUAUUAUCACGACUAUGUUUAACAAGAAGUUUAUGGAAGAACUAUUUAAGCCACAAGAGCUGUACUCCAAGAAAGCCCUCAGGACAGUAUUUGACCGCUUGGCCCAUGCUUCCAUCAUGAGGCUUAACCAGGCCAGUAUGGACAAGCUCUAUGACCUGAUGACUAUGGCCUUCAAGUAUCAAGUUCUUCUGUGUCCUCGUCCCAAGGAUAUCUUGUUAGUUACCUAUAAUCACAUGGAUGCCAUCAAAGACUUUAUCCGGGAUUCUCCAAGUAUUCUGAACCAAGUGGAUGAGACUUUCCGGCAGUUGAUUGAUAUGUAUAACUGUUUACCUGCUGGUGAGUUUCAGCUGAUCAGGCAAACUUUGCUCAUCUUCUUUCAGGAUAUGCACAUAAGGGUUUCCAUUUUCUUAAAAGAUAAAGUCCAAAACUCAAAUGGGCGUUUUGUGCUGCCAACAUCUGGCCCUGUUCCUUGGGGAACUGAAGUACCAGGUCUUAUUAGGAUUUUCAGUUAUAAAGGAGAAGAGGUGAAGAGAGUGGAAUUCCAGAAUGGUGGGAAUUAUGUCAGCCCUCUUCGAGAAGGCUCUUAUGAUCUUUUUGGCGACAGAGUGCUUAAGCUGGGGACCAAUAUGUACAGUGUAAGCCGUUCCGUGGAGACUCACAUGUCUGGGACAUUGAAAAGUUCAGCCUCACACACAAAGGAGAAUGUUGCACCAAAUCCUUUGGCUAAAGAGGAGUUAAACAUGCUGGCACAGCUAAUGGGUGGUAUGGAACUGAAGAAGCCCUCCAGCGCUGACAACUCCUUCCGUUUAAACCUAUUUACUAAUGAUGAGGAAGAGGAGCAAGCAGCGCUGACAAGACCUGAAGAGUUCUCUUACAAAGUGAUCAACAUUGAAGCCAGUGAAGACCAGCAGAGAAAUAAGGAGCUUUCUCGCAUCAUGGGCGAGUUUCGAUCUGAUGAGACACUGGUACAGAGUACCAGCAAAGGAGAUGAUCUUCUAGCGCUAAUGGAUGGGCUGUGAUGACCAAAAUAAAACUUAAUUUCUGUCUAGUCUAAUAAUAAUAAUGUGCAUCUCAAAUGCUGGGAUGGUGACUGUUUACCAUGCGAAAACAGACCUUUCUCUACUUCAUGUAAUGGUAAUAAUUCUGAUGAGGAGCCAAGCAGUGCAGCUUGUAUAAAAAUACAGUGACAGGUCACUUUUAUAUUUGUAAUAUUGAUGUGUAUAUAUGUAUGUCUAUGAAUAUAUUUUAUCUGGACGUUUGACAUAUUUUUCCUUUUUUUUGUUUUAUUUCACAGAGUGAUCUAUAUCAAGACACGCACAUUGUGUCAUCUUACAAGCAUGUUUAUGCUAUUUAUUUGUGGAUGG